CGCCAGUAGCGUACCGUUCAUUAUGACAAGAUAUUCAACGUAUUUGUCAAAGGAAGUAAAUUAAUGUAAAAUUAGCAAAAUUAUAACCCGAAAUGCGUGAUAAUAGUACGUAGCGAAGUGUAAAAUUUGUAAAAAUCUAGAAAACAAGUAAUAUAGAGCCCAGUUCGACCCGACUACACGUACUUGCGUAGGCUGGGCAAUGAUAUUGUCCGAGGGUAAAGGAAAACCCUGGUGCGAAACGGUCUUGAAUGUGGAGUGCAAUUUCAAAGAUUUUUACAAAAAACUCUAGUAACGACGCGCAAAACGGCGACCAACACCCGCCCGACAUGAACAGAAGAUCCACUAACGACAUGGAUGAUACGUUCGUCACCCGACUGGAUGUGGGUGGUGGAUGCCAAUCCAUUGGAAAUAGCACGUUGUAAACGUAACAUGGGCAAAAUGAAGAUGACCAAAGUAUACAAACAACGUAGAUACUCUGGUGUAUCUGACCGUAACCAUCGUCCAGUCGUCUUAGCGUUGUUGAAACGUGUGCAGGCGAAACAACGUGCAUCCAUGAAAUGGCUUCUUUCGAAAGCGUUCAACAACAAGGUGCCAGAUAAUCUGAAGGAGCCAUUUUAUAGAGAUCAUGAGAAUCAAGAGCACUUGAAACCGCAGCUAGCUGGCGGCUUGGCGAACUGCGAACUGUAUUGCUCUGCGCUGGCCAACAUCUACUCGGAUCCUGGCUACAACAACCUCAACCAUUCGGCCAUAUUGCAAACGUUAGCCAGGAAAGGUGUAUUGGAACCGUCCGACGAUGCCAACAGGAACCUCACCGAGACUACGCUUAUACAGACAAACCCCCUCAGGAUGGCCGCUCACAUGGCAGUGAUCGACCACCUGAUGCGGUUGUACGCUCGCGAGGUGGCCACGCCCGAACGCGUCCAAGCGGCCGCCCAGCGAUUCGUCGGCGACAGAGGGGCGGAGUUGCAUGUCCAAUCGGAUGAUCCCGAGCAGCUGCUGUUGGCGUGGGUGGGCGGGGCUUGCGUAGCGUUGACCGAGAGGUUGAACCAGGAGGCGGGGCAAAAUGGGAUGGCGAAGAUGGUUAAUGGCGGUGGUGAUGCGGGGGAUGAGCUGAAGUCUCAAUCGACGCCAGCCCGACCUCCAACUUCACCGCCCACCGACCUUCGAGACCUCUCUGGUGGUCGCCGGUUAUGCGCUCUCCUAGCCUGUUACUGUCCCCAGGAACUAAGGUGGGCGGACGCAAAGAACGGAUGCGGUCAGGCGCCGCCCUCCGUGCAGGACAGCUUACAUAACAUUAGACUGGUGAAAGAAACUUGCUCCAGGUGUUUGCUGGGAGCCGGUAGGGAUGUGUUUCACGUGCAGCCAGAGGAUAUUGUAUAUAUGAGAAGUUCCAUGAAACAAAAUCUCGUGGUGCUUCUGGCCGAUCUGUUCAACGUACUGGAAAUCAACCCUGCGAAAUGCGUUCAAUAUCCUGGAAUGGAUCCUGCCAACCACGAGGGUACUUCGACGUUGACGCAAUGCAACCUGCACGGUGUGACGCACAAGCGUAACCUCCUGCAGACCGUCAUGGUGCCCAUUCCGGACCUGCGACAAGGCAUCGAUGAUCCUGACGAUCCUACCGCCUUUCAAGUUUCGAGAUCUACACUUUCACAUCUGCCAUUGCGAAAAACGAACUCUCUGCAGCAAAGCAUGUCUGAUAUGACAGAAGACAGUCUGCGAAGAGGUUCUGAAGAGUCAUUCGUCGUACAUCGGGGCAAGAAUAUCCCGACGCUCAAAUCGGUCGUAAAUGAUGAACCUCUCAUUCCUGCUAGGUUGAAGGUAAGUAAAGAGAAGCACAACAACGACAGCAAAGCAGAUGAACGAGGAGAAAUAGCUGCAGGACGACCAAGCAAUUGGGAAGAAAAUAGGAAAAGCACUUAUGCUGGAAGACGUAGUAGGCGGAAUUCGAUGUCGGAAGAUUCGCAACUCACCAUUGAGAACUUUGGAGGUAGCCAAGAUAAUCUGAAUUUCAUCGGAAGGAAUCCAGAUAAGGAAGUGGCAGUUCACAUCGGCAGGAAAACCUCUGUUCCUACAUACCCUGUUGAAAAAAAUUCUCCACUUCGUUCCACACUUCAAGAUGCCAGAGGGUCUUUCACACUAGGCUAUGAUGAUGACUAUACUGCAGAUAGUAAUGAGAAAAAGGAGGUGACCGUGCCCAUCACCCGCAAAAUCUCCGCGCCAUCUUUUCCCGUAGAAAACCUCCCUUUACGUUCGUCCCUCCAAGACGCACGGGGCUCCUUCCAACUAGGCUAUGAUGACUUCACCACGGGCGAGUGCGACGAAAAACAGGACAACGGUAACGAGAAAGCGAUGGCCAGAUUGAAGAGACAGCUGAGCAGCGAUGACAUUGCUGCGAUCAGAAGGGGACAGAAUAGCCUCGUAGGACAGGAAGUCGCAGUAGGGAAGGAGAAUGUUAUCAGGGACCUAGUGGACGGGGAGAUGAGCAAGAGGAUGAGUUUUGCGGAUUUGGGGAAGCAGAAGGUUUUAAAUGAAAAUAGAGGAAUACAACUAGUUUACAUGAACGACAAAGAGGAGUACCCUUCGAAAUCUAGUUUUCUUAACAAAGUAGGUAGCACCAAUGGCAACGAAAAGAAAACGACCUUUGCAACACUUCCUAAUACUACCACGUGGCAGCAGCAGAGUACACAACAACAAUUAGGAGAAAACAAGUUGGAGGAAACAUCGCCUUCAAAUGUGAUGACGGUUCAACUGAACGAUAUCAGGAUGAAACUGGAAGAAAAACGACGGCAUAUAGAAAAUGAGAAAAGAAGAAUGGAAGUAGCCAUGAACAAGCAGCGGCAGAAAGUGGGAAAGGCAGCUUUUCUGCAAGCUGUUGCUAAGGGCAGAGGUAAUUUACUAAAAUCGGCAGAGGCCGAGUCUAAUAAUGGUCAACCUUCUAACGGUAACAGUAACGUUAGUUCUACCGUCGAACCAAAACCACAGAGGCCAUUUUCAUUGCAGGAAAUUGGUGAUGAUGUUACCCAUCUGGAAAGAAAAUGGGCGGACGAGAACCAACCUUAUGUUGAAACGAGAAGAACACCAGAUUUAGAAAAUAUGGACCUCGAAACGUAUCAACAAUCUAUUGCUCAAAUGAAUUCUAGUCUACACGACCUCCAGUCGGACAUGCAACGACUGGCGACGCAACAGAGCCAAUUGCAACAGCAGACGCUGAUCGCGCAGCAACAACGGCAGAUACAGCAGCUGCAACAGCAGUACCAGAGCUUGCAUCCACCUCCACAGCGACAGCAGUACGCGCCUCCUCAACAGACAUACCAACCGCCACAACAGGUCUAUCAACAACCUGUACAGCAGGGUUACGCUCCCCCAUUACAAAGUUCCGCCAGCGCUCCCCACAUUCCUGCUUCAUACCACCCUCCUACCGCAGCGCCGCCUCAACAACAGUUCUUCCUGCACGACCCGCCACCUGCAGCGCCCAUGUCUCCGCAACCGCCACCCCCACAAAGGCGGACGUGGGCACAAUCGGCGCCCGUUCAAGUGCCACAGCCAGAGCUGAGAACGUGGGGGCGGGCGCCGGCGGUUAACGAUAGGGGCGGUAGCGCAGGAGCGGGGUUUCUACUGCAUGACACGAGUGAUAGGUACGACCAGCAACAGCAGCGCUACCACCAGAGCGAACCGAGAUACGGCGAUUCGCCACGGUACUCCGAAAGUCCCCGGUACGCGGCCGCAGAGAACUCGACUCGAUACCAAAACGGCGACGGAGGUGGUGAUGAUAGGGCGCUCAGGCAUUCCAACAGCUUCACGCUAAGUCAACAGCAUCUCCAACAGCAACAACAGCAGCACUUUGGAACUUCACAUAGUACGCCGACGGCGUCGCCACAGCAUAGGAAUAUACAUAGGCAAAUAUCUCAAUUGCUAGACGAAAGUAAAAGAACCCCCGUUAGUUUGCAACAUAUGGAUAGCAGGGAUAGGGAGCCACCUCAAAGAAAAUCUAGUGUUACACACGCACCUAUACCAGCCCCGUCCGCCGAUGAUAUGGAACCACAGAACAUAUCGUUUAUUGGAACACCUAGUGCCGACAAACUGAGUGAAGGUCUAAGCCGGCUGAACAUCACCUCCGGCAGCCGCACGUAUCGGAUCCCAUCGCCAACGAGACCGCCUCCCAUAACGCGCAGCUCCUUCCACCAGCCAUCCCCUUCACCCCCCAACGUCGAGGCGCAAAUUCCUCCAGUGGAGGUCACCAGUCUGGAUGGAGAUCCCUCCAAUCAGAAGGGCUUUUAUAUCAGCUUCGACGAUGACAGCGGCCCCCGGAGGCCGAAACCGCCGUUAAGGCAGAAGAGGAUGUCGCCCAAGAAAGAACGAAGCUACGUGGAAUCGGCCGAAGAAACGUACGAACGUAAAGAGGAUAUGGAACGUAUGGAGAAGAAACAACUGGAAAGAGAACUGCAAGAGGAAAGAACGAGGAGGGAUGAAGAUGCAAGAAGGCAAAUGCUGAUAGAGCAAGAGAGGGAGAAAUUGAGAGCGAAACGUGAGGCUAGUCAAGAAAGGCAGAAGGUCAAUGCUGCCAGCGCCAUUAUUAUAGGAAACGAGCUCAGCAAUCCCGAUCCCGACCUGGACUACGAACGUGAACGAAAGAAAGAGAAGAUAAUGCUGUUAUCACUGCAGCGGCGACAAAGACAGGAAGAAGCAAAAGCGAGGAAAGAAGCCGAAGCGCAGGAACGCAGGGAAAGGGAGAAACAGAAAGAAGAAGAAAGGGCAAGGAAGAAAGAAGAGAGAGAAGCGAGACGGCAGGCCAUAUUGGAACAGUAUAAAUUGAAGAAGGCAAUUGAGGAGGCCGAAAGGGAGGGCAAAACGUUAGACAGAUCAGAACUGUCUUCCCUGAAACCCACUCCGAAGAUGCGACCGAAGGCCAGUACCCGUCCUCGACCGAAAACUAUACACAUAGAUAGCGGGUCUGUUCAAAUGGCUGAAGGUAUGUCUAGUCGCGGUAAGAAAGGAUCUACAUCAAAUCUGACAGCUUAUACUCCCUCCACAAUGAAAAGAGACUAUUUUAGAGGCUCACAAGACAGCUUAGCAGACAGAAGCAUGAGCACCAGCAUGCUCUAUAAAGACUCUCCUGAUGACAGCAGAGGUGUUUCGCCUUGCCACAGCUCCAAUCAAACAUUGGGUCGACGUAGUUCCUACAAAACCAGCAGGGACCCUUCGCCUGCCCAGGUUCGUGGCAGACCUAAGUAUACGGCUUAUCAAAACUUUAAAGGGCGCAAGUCUAGCUCUAUGAUGAAUCUGUACGGUUCCAGCACUGACCAUGAUGGCGCAACUGGCGGUUAUCGUUACGGCGACACGGACUCCGGCCUGGGUCGGGCAACGCCGCCUCGUCGCGCGCCAUCUCCCGGCGGAGCCAGGCAUUUACCAUCGCCUUCGGGACCGGGCAGUCUACCGGGCGGAUUUGUAUCCAGGGCGGCCAGGAGGACUUUCGAUGAUGGCGCUAGUGAUAUCAGCUCUACGCCUAGCAGUAUGAUGGAUUACAAUGGUCCCCGAUUGUACAAACAGCCGGCGACUAAAUCCAACCGCAGCAUAAUGCUGAACGCGGUCGAGUACUGCGUCUUCCCCGGCGUGGUGAAUAGAGAAGCGAAGCGGCGUGUGCUAGAGGAGAUCAACCGGUCAGAGAGCAAGCACUUCCUGGUGCUGUUCAGAGAUGCCGGCUGUCAAUUCAGGGCGUUGUACUCCUACUGCCCCGAAAGGGAGGAGAUCCUUAAGCUGUACGGUACUGGACCACGGCAGGUUAACGAUAAGAUGUUCGAUAAGUUUUUCAAGUAUAACUCUGGUGGUAAAUGUUUUUCGCAAGUGCACACAAAACAUUUGAGUGUGACGAUAGAUGCUUUCACGAUUCACAAUUCUCUGUGGCAAGGCAAGAAAGUGAAUUUACCUAACAAGAAAGAUAUGGCUUUGGUUAUAUAAGGCGAAUAAGCAAAAACUCUUGUUGUUAAUUAGUCAUCUAAUAAUAUUGCAUAUGUUUAUUUUUUGUUAAUGCUUUAUUAAAUGUUAUUCGUUACUGUCAUAUGAAAUUGAUGAUAGGAGAAACAUGAUGAUUAAACUUUCUUAAAUGAUAAGUAACCAGUGUCGUGUAUUUAUACCCUGUUGGGCAAUACUUUAAGAGUUCAUUCCAACUUCUGUGCAGACUUUUUGACAAUUAGCUAGCCAUCAUUUUUAGAAAGCUCUGCCUGCUCAGAAUUUGAGGUGAACCUUGAUAGUUGUUUGUCAGUUGCAUAUGCCAACAUUUCGGGGUGUCUGAGAUAUUAGCUAUAUAUAUAUCACUUUUUUACAGGAUGAAUCUUUGAUUUCGAUGUAUUUUUCUUUUUGUAUUAUGUGCCUUUUUGUACGUAUGUAUUAAGUAUUCUCCUAGUAUUUUUUUAUUUCUUUAAUAUAUGUAGAAAAUGUUUUUUUAUUUGUGCCAAUGAAAUCUUCACUGAAUUUUUAUAAAAGUUAUGAGAACAGGAACAUUGAUCAUUUGUACUGUCCAUUGGAAAUGAAAUCAAUAAGAAAUUUUCAUAUUAGUGUCAUUCCAAUUAUAUUUAUAUAUAGAAUUAGAUGAAUGCAGGCUGUUCUAUCGGUAAAAGCCGCAGAUCAAUAAGCAAUGUCAUAAAUUGAAAGUUUGAUAUUUUUUGACACAUUUUUCUGUUUAAAGUUCAGACGGUAGCUUUAUUUCCAAAUAUUGGUCGUAGUUUUUUAAUUCUUGUGUCCAGAUUUUGACUAUUUGGUGAAAUAUUUGGAAAUAUCUUUAUGACAUCUGCUUUAUUGAUGCAUGGUUUCUGUGCCAGUUUCUCGCGUAUUUUUGGAAUAGAAUUAUUUUUGAAAAAUGACACAUCGUUAGAAACUUGCAAAGGCACUUACCGAUUUUUUAGUAAUCACUUAAGAAAUUGCUUGGAAGUGUUUCUGAAUAUCUUCUAUUUAUAUUGAAAUACUUGUAUCAUAACAAUGUUGUUUGUUUAGCGAUAAGAGAUGCAACAGAAAUUAUGUUUUUUUAAUCUAGGCGAGAGAUUUUUUCAUUAAAUAAAGACCUUUUUAAAAGUUUUCCAUUGUCUUACAUAUUUACUGACUCAAAAUAAUGUUUAAAUUUGUUUGUUAAUAUCUAGUAUUCACGGUAUCGACUAUUUUAUUUGUGACUCGUGCUUUAAUAAAAAAUCUUGAUAAUUCUGAUGCAAGUUUAUUGCAGUUAGGUUUUUGCGAUAGUAAAGCCAGAUUAUUGUCAAUCUGAUGAUCCUUCCGUUUAAUAAGAUAAUUUACCAGCCAUAUAUUUUCCAGUUGCUUCUCUUAUUUUCAAUUGACAGAAAUCGAGCUUCGCUUGACGUAAAUGAGAGAGCCUUGAUGUGAAAAGUGGAAGAUUUAGAUCAGUUUAAAGUUGAUUUUUGUUAAGUCUGUAUCCGUGUUAUUGCUGCCGUUCAUUGUAUAAUUCAUGCUAUAUUCAUUGCUCAUGUAUGUUUUAGGUCAAAUGGGAAUUUUAUCUUUUUCUAAAUAAGUGAAGAAACUUAUUCUGUGAGUAAUCCAUCUCCAUGGUAUCCUAGCCAAUUAAUGAAACCGCAGAUUUUAAACUGACGGGCUACCCUGGUAAUCUUACAUCUGAAACGUAUCAUGUGGUUUUCAUGUUGUCAAUCCCCCAUGUUUCUCGGGCCCAAUUCAACCACAUGUCCAAAAUUUCUAUUUAUUGCACGGCCCUUCGGUCCCAACAGUGACCUUCUUCAAGUACAAUGACACUUAUGAAAAUAUAUUUUAAAUAAAAUAUUGAUAAUUGACACUUUUUCGACAAUACGAGUAUAUUCAAGUAAAAUACAUUUUAACUAAAAUAUGUUGUCAAAAGUGUAUCAAUUGUACUUGAAGAAGGUCAUCGUUGGGACCAAAACGUCGUACAAUAAAGAGGAAUUUUAAACAUACGUGAUAUGAUUCGAUUAGAGAAACAUGGGAGAUUACCUGGGAGUCUUUCACUUUUUCUAGCUAUUAGGUGAUACAAAAUGCAAGUUAGUGUUUUGUUGGAAAUUUACUUGAUAUCAUUUAUUUUUAUCAUUUGUCUGAAGAAACGCCUAUCCUUGAAGGCUUUGUCUUGUGCUAUUUUGCGUAGUUUUUCAUUGAAUUUUUGAAAGAGGAUGAAUAAGUACGCCAACUUUAUCAGGGUGCUGCAAAACACAAAAUUUGUUUCUUUCAAAAAUGUUAAAUCGAACAUAGAACGGUUAUCUGUUCAUACAUAAAAUUAAGGUGUUUUGUUAAAAAAUAAUUUAGAAAUACACACUAAGAUGUCAAUCUUGCUGCGCAAACAGUUUCCGAAUAUCUUUUAUUAUAUCGUCAAGUCUACAAAAGAGACGAGAUAGUUUUCGUAAAAUGAUACAGCUGGCUUAUCCUACAGGGGCUAAGACACCUAUUUUUAACACCUUGUAUCACCAACAGAAAUCAUUUCUGGGCUUCGCGCCCAUUGAAACAUUUGUCCAGCACAACAUGAACUAUACAAAUUUUCAUUCAAAUUGACCGGUUCUGUGUCUGGUACUUUAUUUUGUUGAUCUUCUAGAAAAGGGUACCAAGGAAGCCGGAACAUCAGUAAUUUCUUCGAUAUUUGUGUUUUCAUUUGCCAACAUGUAGAUUUGGAGAUAUCUCAAAUUCCCCACUUAUAGUGGAUUGUGAUUGAAGUUAUAUCAUACUCCAAUGUUCACAGAGAUCUUUUUGCCUGGGAUUGACUUGACUCAUACUGUAUGAUGCUCUUAACAUUCAGUCAGAUUACAAUUGAAAUAGCCACUUGUUGGAAUGGAGUAAUGAAAAAAUGGGUACUUAGUUUGUGGUAGACCCGCUGCUAUCUUCAAAUCAUUAGCUUUUAUUAAUUUGUCGUAUCACUGACAUGCGAUAUUCAGAUUUAUAUGGAACAUGUAGUCAUGAAGAAAUUUCUUAACCCUUCAUUUUUUUUUACUUAUUAAUACAACUUUGUAACAGUUCUUUUUAAUAAAUAUAUACACUAAUCGAUUCAUGUGUCUGUAAAUAUUAUGUUUUUAUAAUAUAUAAAUAUUUAUUAAUAAUUAUACACUUGUACGAGUCAAAAACACAGAAAUAAAAUUUAAUAACCC